AUGUUAGUUAGACAACUUCUGCCACCCGGACCUCUAGGCAUACCACUCGUGGGAUACCAGCCAUUCUUCGGCAAAGAUUUACAUAAAGUGGUCACAAAAUUGGGCGAAAAAUUCGGCUCUGUUUUCACUAUACAAAUGGGAUUCAAAAAUAUUGUCGUCCUUAACGACUGGGAGGCUAUUAAGGAGGGCUUACAUAACGACGCCUUAUUAGGUCGACCCAAGACUGCGUUAUUUGCUGUC